AUGGGGAAACGUGGAAUGCCCCGAGCUUCGUGCGACCCAUGCCAUCGCAAAAAGGUCAAAUGCGAUAAAGAUCAGCGCAAUGCUGAAGGCGUCUCGCUGUGCUCUUACUGCUACACGCGCGGGUACGACUGUAUCAUAACUAACGACUCGCGUUCCAACGCCAACGCCUCCGACACAGAUGCCGGCCCCAGCACGGAUCCGAUCCCAGCAACAUCGACUGCGGCGAGCAAGAAGCGGAGGGCCUCGGAUACAGGGCAGAGUGGCUCCGAGUCUGAUGGUCCUCCAGUGCAGGCUCGUGAAGCCGGCUCUGCACCGGUGCCGGAUCCUUUGGCGACACCUGGACCUGCCAACGAACAGGACAUGCUCAACAUCCGUGGUCUCACUCGCUCAGUCCUAGACGAUGCCGUCUCGUCUCACUUUCGCACAACGUACUGGUGCAACCCCGCCGUCAAUCCACGUCAUUUUCACCCGAGGUACCGUCGCUAUCUCACCAAGCAAGAAGGCGUGGCAUCCUCCUCAGCAGAUUAUGACAUGUUUCCUCCCGCCGACAUCAUCAUCCUGGCAGUCGCCUGCGUUGGCGUUGUGCAGCUCAGCUACGCUUCGCACCGCUUCGAACUACAGGCACGCAUCUACCGACGCCUCGAAAAGCUGGUAUCACAGGCAUGUACAAAAGACAUUACCGUAGCCUUGGAUGUGUUGGAAGCCAUUUUGCUCACAUUUGAUGUACCUGCCCGCAACAAGAGCGUCGAAGAGGCGACCAACUCGAGUCUCGAUGCGGGCUUUGUCCAUCCAAUGAGCCACACCAAAAUGAUUCGGCUUCUCAUCCAUCACGGUUUCAAUCGCUCCAAAGAGGAUCCCGUGGUCAAAGCACAAAGGCUCAAGUACCGCACGGCGUCCCGCAGUACGUUGUGCGAGGUCAACGACGAACGUAUGCCGCUUGUUCUCGCAGUCGCUGCCACCAACGACGUUAUUCGCAGCUUUGACCUUUUCAACCGACAUCAGCUCCUGCAAGAGGAUAUCGAUCCCGACGCCAUGAUGGCAGAUCUCGGCGGUCCCAUCGGGAAUCAAUGGGCAUGGCAGCUCUCCGUCUUGGCUUCCGUACUGCGCACCAACAAUCUCUCGAUCUGUGUGGCCAAGUCUCGCCGGCUCGGCAUUUCGCCUUCUGCAAUCCUCGAAGUACUCGAACAGCUUGACCGCUUCGAAAAGCAGAUGCCAGAAGCACUGCGUUGGAAUGCGUCUGCCACCGAGAGCAACGGCUCUUCGCUACGGGAGCUCAUCCCGUACGACAAUACGAGCGAAGACAUUAUCUCGAUCGUCGUACGAAAAGCAUUUCUUCACUUGCUGCUGUUGAGCCAGUACCAAUGCAUCCACGCCAUGGUACGAGCUCACGGUCUGCAACGUCCAGCCAACAGCUCGCGUCAAGAAAGCAACCUAUACCUGCGGGCUCGUCAGCGAGUGGAUUCGAUGUUUUUGGAUGCUUUUGACCGAAUGUCCGAGGUCUCGCCUCAGCUAGCCGCCAUCACAAUCCCUCCAUCGUUUGCUUCUGUCAAUCUGCUUGACUAUAGCUCGAUUGCUUUCCGCAGCUCUAUCAAGCGCGGUGCAUACUACGCGUUCGAGAUGGCCAAGCUGACGUUUAAAGCGAGAUUGCACGAGCUCACGGCGGAUCUGCUGUCCAAGGCAGGCAGACAAGUAUAUGCGUUCAGCACAUAUCAGUGCCAUCCUGAUACCCAAGCUGAAGCUGCGAGGAUGCGCAAGAGCCUAUCGAACCUCUACACAGAAUUCGAGAUGAUCCCGGGUCUUGGCCCAACGAACGAAAUUAAAUUAAGGCACGAGCGAGCCCGUUUCUCGGGAGUGUUCGAGCCAGCUGCUGCGUUCCAAGACCCCGCUGCUACAGCGGCACUGGUUGCAGAUGUCACAGAGCUGCCAUGGAAUGGCCAUGAUGGUGUUGGGGGAGGCGAGGGUCCCUCUGCAGCAAUGGGUACUGUGACUUCUUGGAACACACCAGGCGCAGAUGGUAUGGCUGCUUUUGAUGGCUCGAUGACUGACCUUUUUGCAGGUCUGCCCUUCGUCAAUACAGCAUCAGCUCCUACAUUCACGAGUCCGCCUCCGGUCUCAUCAGCACAAAAGACCCCUGCUUCGACCGGGGUGGCAGCCAGCCCUUUUGACCUGAAUGCCUUUCUCGAAACUCAAAUGGGCUCGAACACCAUGGCACAUGGUCGCAAUGAGCCAGCCAAUAUAUAG